GCGCUGUACGUCGUGACUUCGCCUCUCCCGUCGAUCCCGUCGAGUGCACACUCCGCCAGUACGCGACCGUCCGCCCCGCCUCGCAGUGCCGCGCAGUUCGCGAGUGCGCCUUCCCGUGCCGGUCGGGGAAUAUCAGUGGUCCCGCGAUGGACGUCCCGAUACCUGUUGCACGCCCCGGCGGCCUGCGGAGGGCCGCGGCGCCGAGUCCGUGAGCGCCGGAUGCGACGAUUCUAGCGUGCCUGGCUAGUGGUCCGAUGCGCGUCCCGGCCGCCCCGAGGACGAGGGCGAGUCGGCUCGGCUGACGUCUCGACGCGCCUCCCCAGGCGCUUCUGCUGCCUCUCGUGGCAUGGCCGCGUGUCGGCAAGCCGCGCGUGCCCGCGCCUCGUGGUGCGCCCCGGUGUAGCGUGCCGCGGAGCGGACGCCACCCAGACCCGGGACUAUGGGGAUCGUGCAGAGCCGCGGCGACGCCGGCGAGGCGGCGGCGGUGGCCGCGCGCGAGGCCCUCGCCGGGCCGAAGGCCGCGCACCGGCAACACUGCAUCGGCCCGGGCCCCGGACCCAACCCUGGCCCCAACCCCGCGCCCAACUCCGCGGCCAUCGGACUGGCCGGGCCGCACGCCCGCACCGGCAGCGUGCGCGCCGCGCCCAGGCAACCCAUGCCCGACGCCCUGGAGCUCGAGAGGCGUUUCACCAAAGUCCUGGCCUCCAUGGAUUUGCCGCCGGACAAGGCGAAACUGUUGAAGCAGUACGACAAUGAGAAAAAAUGGGACAUCAUCUGCGAUCAAGAGCGGGUACAGGCGAAGGACCCACCCUCCCAUUAUCUGGCCAAGUUGAGGACCUAUCUCGACCCCAAGGCAUCCAGGAGUCAUCGAUCGUAUCGUUUUCUUACAUUCUUCCAGAAGAGGAAGAUGGUCGGGGAGUCCACGUCGACGCAAGUCCUUCGGGAUUUGGAGAUAUCCUUGCGCACGAACCACAUCGAAUGGGUCAGGGAAUUCCUCGACGAGGAGAACCAGGGACUGGACGCGUUGAUAGACUACCUCAGCUUCAGGCUGCUGAUGAUGCGGCACGAGCAGCGGCUUCACGAGUCGACCACCAGCUCCGAGGAGAGGCUCCAAGCCAGUGCAACCGGCGAUGGCUCACCCCUUAACAACGGAUGUCUGAGGCCACCCCUGCACGCCCUCAAAGACAGCCCCAGUGUCAAGAGGAGAUCGAGACACGUCGCCCGGCUUAACAUGGGAGAGGCGAAGGACGACAUCCACGUCUGUAUACUGUGCAUGCGCGCCAUCAUGAAUAAUAAGUAUGGCUUCAAUAUGGUGAUACAGCAUCGGGAGGCGAUAAACUGCAUCGCUCUCAGCUUGAUUCAUAAAAGUCUGAGAACAAAGGCUCUGGUCUUGGAGCUCCUCGCCGCAAUUUGUCUGGUUAAGGGCGGACACGAGAUCAUCCUCUCGGCGUUCGACAACUUCAAGGAGGUCUGCUGCGAGAGACGAAGAUUUACCACGCUGAUGGCGUACUUCACUCAAUACGAUAGUUUUCAUAUAGAGUUUAUGGUGGCGUGCAUGCAGUUCGUGAACAUUGUCGUCCAUUCGGUCGAGGACAUGAACUUCAGGGUACACUUGCAGUACGAAUUCACGAAGUUAGGACUUGAUGAGUACCUUGAAAAACUCAGGCACACCGAAAGCGAAGAUUUGCAGGUUCAAAUCUCGGCUUACCUAGAUAAUGUGUUCGACGUAGCUGCCCUAAUGGAGGACAGCGAAACCAAGACUGCCGCUCUAGAAAAAGUAGCCGAAUUAGAGGACGAGCUCGGUCAUGCCCAUGACAGGAUGGCGGAGCUGGAACGAGAGUCUUUGGCAAAGUUGGCGGAAUUGGAGACGGAGCUCGGGGCGAUAAAGGUGGAAUACGCGGACGCACUCGAAGCUCGAAGACUAGUCGAGGAGGAGCUGACCGCCUUGAAGAGACAGCGACAAGACUCGGCGAGAAGACAGAGCGUCCUGGAAAACAAAAUCAUCGAGCUGGAGACCCUCACCGGAACUCUGGCGAAGGGAACGUCGGGCGGAAGUAUUCGCAACGGAUCCGCGACGAAUUCGCCCACGUCGGAGAAUAACGAAACGUCGAUGACGUCGAUGCCAUCUCCGGUCGCGGACGAAGCUCCUCCGGCUGCGCCGGCUCCUCCACCACCUCCGCCACCACCUUGUCCACCUCCACCACCGAUGGCUCCUUUAUCACCCGGGGACCACAGAAUUCCACCUCCUGCACCGAUUCCGCCACCUCCAGCUGGCAUGAUGCAAGCACCGGACGGUGCGAUGACCAUUAAACGAAAGGUACAAACCAAGUACAAACUCCCAACGCUCAACUGGAUCGCCCUUAAGCCGAACCAGGUACGGGGCACCAUAUUCAACGAACUGGACGACGAUCGUCUGCACAAUUACAUCGACUUCUCCGAUUUCGAGGAGAGGUUCAAGAUUGGUCUGGGAGGACACGUAGCGAACGGCAACAACGAGAUCGACGGUCUUCAAAGCUUCCCUAGCAAGAGGUUCAAGAGACCGGAGAACGUUUCACUCCUGGAGCACACUAGGCUUCGAAAUAUCGCAAUAUCGCGGAGAAAAAUGGAGAUGCCUGUGGAGAAGGUGAUCAUGGCAGUGAACGCUCUCGACUUGAAAAUCCUCUCUCUCGAGAACGUCGAGCUGCUACAACGCAUGGUGCCUACGGAUCAGGAGAUCAAGAGUUACCGAGAGUACAUCAUCGAGAAAAAGAACGUGAACCUCCUGACCGAGGAGGACAAGUUCCUCAUGCAACUCGGCAAGGUCGAGAGGAUAUCGACCAAAUUGUCUAUCAUGAACUACAUUGGGAAUUUCUUCGACAAUCUGCAUCUUAUCACCCCUCAGAUACACGCUGUGAUAUCCGCGUCGAGCUCCGUGAAGAGCUCGAAGAAGUUGAGAGCCGUCCUGGAGAUUAUCCUAGCUUUCGGUAAUUACUUGAACAGCAGCAAACGCGGCCCUGCUUACGGCUUCAAGUUGCAAAGUCUCGACACUCUGCUGGACACCAAGUCGACCGACAAACGAAUGUGCCUUUUGCACUACAUCGUGGCGACUAUCAGGCUCAAGUUCCCAGAGCUUAUCAACUUCGAAUCCGAGCUGAUGUAUAUCGACAAGGCGGCGACUGUUUCUCUUGAGAACAUUACCACGGACGUUCACGAGCUGGAGAAGGGCAUGGACCUCGUUCGCAAGGAAUUCGAGCUCCGAGGAAAGGAGAAGCAUAAUACGGUGUUGCGCGACUUCUUGAACAAUUCCGAGGAGAAGUUGCGGCGACUAAAGCUGGACGCUCGAACUGCUGGAGAAGCUUUCCGCGAAUGCGUCGAGUUUUUCGGCGAGAGUCCUAGACAGGCUGACGCGAACACGUUCUUCUCGCUUCUCGUCAGAUUUGCAAGGGCCUUUAAGGCUGCGGAUCUGGAAAAUGAACAGCGACGAAGGCUGGAGGCUGCGGCAGCGGAAGCUCUGAAUACUUCAGAGGAAGUCGUCAAAAGAAAUAAACUAAACCAAAAGAAGCAACAGGAUGCGGUGAUAAACGAGUUGAAGAAUAAGACGAGGCUGGUUCAAGAGAAGAAGCUGUUGCAGCAGGACGAGGUGUACAACGGUGCCUUGGAAGACAUUCUCCUUGGCCUCCGAUCCGAACCCUACAGAAGAGCAGACGCCGUACGACGUAGCCAACGAAGACGCAUUGACAACCAUAGGCUAUCUCGAACUGCCGAUGAAUUGGAGUUAUAA